ACAGCCCUAAAAAAGAUUAAUAUUAGUUUGUACACGCUCCAGAUAGCUUUUCUUCAAAUUCUUUAAUUCUCACUCGCUUUUGCGUAUGCGCGGAACUGCAGCGUCAGCGUUUUCUGCUGUUUUAGUGUGGACACGCAACUCUUUGAAAACAACUGAAAGCGCCGUUUUCAAAUCUAUCCGGGCUAGUGUGGACGUAGUCAAACGAACUUCAUUAGCUACCGGUGGUUGCAGGGGUUCAGGAGCUAAUCUCUAGGCCUGUGUGACUGAGGCUUAACAAAAUCCAACCAACAACAGCCAUUUGAGCCUCUCACUGUAGAAAUAAGAGCCUGAUGUUUUGCCACACUUACUUCAUUUUGGUCAUCUUUGGUUUGGAAGAGUCUGUCAUACACAUUGUUUCCUUUGUUACGCUAGAGUAUGCUAACUGACUGAGGAUUGAAACUAAUAUCUAAGGAGCAUAAAAAUGAUUUGAUUCAACAAAUUUAAGUUAAAUGAUUGUUAGGAGGGAUUGUAAUAUCAACAGCAAACCACUGCACAUUGAAUUUGAUGGUUUGACAGUUAACAAAAUACUUUUUUUUUCCCGCGCAGGAAGGCAACUUCCUACGCAAAACGCAACAUAAAUAUAGUUUUUGGUUUUAUAUGUUAGCAGCAGUUUGAUUAGUGGCUUCAGCCCACUUGCAUUUCUCUAUAACAACACAAUGUGUAGUUUGUGUGUUUUAGUGGUGGAACUAAAACCCAUGAGAAUCCACAUAAUAGCUCAGACUGUACCCUGUGUUGACUAGGGCCAUUUUUCAUGAAGCCAUGAUUGAUCAGCUGGUAAAUGGGAAAAGGCAUUUGCAAAAACAGCCCUAGAGGAUAAAAUACUGGAUGAAUGGAUAUGAAAUGUCGCCUGCUACAUUUUCAUACUUUACAAAAGAGGCGUUUCACUUAAUGAUGUGUCCUCCAUUAGCUGUCAUUCAGUCAAAAGAUGAUAAAUCACAAGCUUAUGCAAGCAAACUACUUUGCAUUCGAUCUGUGAAGGACAAUAAGUGGUACAUGCGUUGUUUAGCAUAAAGCUAAACACGCCAUAAUUGUAAUGUUACAUCUGGAUCGAACAGACUUGACAAAAAGCAGGAAAAGGGAGGCCGGCAUUUCCAGACAAUAUGCUGCAUGCCUUUUGUAUGUAGUAGAUGUUUGAGAUGUCCUCCUCACUCUCAUUUAGGCUCCAGGAUUCCAGACUUCCUCCUUUCUUGUAUCCAUGCAUCACAACAUCCCCGUUUGUGAGAAUCCAUGCCUCUCGAUCCUCUCGAGAAAAUGCAAAAAACAGUUUAAGCCAGAGAGAGAAGCAGGACAGGAAGCACAGAUGCUUACAUAACAGCCUUAUUCUGGGAGGGGGGCUUGGUAUUUGAAACUUGCAUACCAAUGUCCAUUAUCAGACUCCCACUCCAAUGUCUUUCCACAACCCCUGCCCCCCACCGUGUAUCUGAUAGGCCAGGUUUCAGUGAGUACACAUUUGGGCCUCCACUGAAGUAAGUUUCAGCUGGACUGUUAUACUGUGUUUGUCUGUCGGGGCCAGUUCAUAUGAAUGUCCAGACCAAUGGUAUGUAAACUGAUUUUUCCUCUGGGUAAAUAUUUAGAUCUCUUCCCACGUCUUUUUUUUUUUUCAUGUUUUCCUGUGUUUGACUCCCAACAGGUAGUGUUGGUGUUAAAUGUUAAAUACCUUUUCUGCCAGCUUCUCUCCCACUUAAAGGAAGCAAGUAAUGUGUAGUUCACCUACAAGUCUGGCUUGGACUGAAAAAGAUAAGAGGGUUAUUAAAGACCUUCCGUUCAGAGGGAGAAACCCCAGUGUCUCUGGGUUUCUUGGCCACCAGUAGCAACAGCCUUGCCGACCCUGUACAGCAGUAUUUAUAGAGCACUGUGGAUGAAUCAUUCGGCUGAGUGCCCAUUCUUCGUUCACCAGAUUUACAGGUCCCACUCCAGGGAGGGACGCCUGAUUUAUGAUGCAACCCACCUCCCUCCACCACUAGCUCCCACCCCACCCCACUCACUUCCUUCAGGGGCUCUUCAGAGAAGAGCAGACACACCAUCUUGCCUCCGGUUUGCCAUUUCACUCAUCGCUUUCUGUCCUGCAGUCGUUUCGCGUGUGUCUCAAAAAUGUGCUUCCUCCGCUCUUUCAGCUCCUUUGACAGAAGUAUACUGUAUAUUGAGAAAAAGGCUUCCUGAGAGGCAUGCAGACACGCUAGCCUUGGCCUGACCUCGCCUAACUGCCGCUGAUCGAUGUGUCACAUUGACCUGCGUUUGACUUAGCAAAAUGAAGUUGUAGAAGACUUAUAUGACGUGGAGGAUAAGCAAAGGAAGGUGGGGGAGAAUAUGAAGUGCAGCGGACUGUGUUUCAGCAGAAAAAUAGGGUGAUAGAGCUGCUAGUGGUGCACAACAAGAACAGAUGAAGAAGUGGCACGUGGGGGUCAGCAGUAAGCAGCAAGAGCGUGGCUUUCGCUACCUCAGCCUUCACCUGAGAGGGGGCACGUCUUCAUCUGCAUCCCAUGGAUCUAAACUAUAACCCAGGUGGAGAAAGAGAGCGGAUGACAGCCAACCAUGAGACCUACCUUCUUAUGGCCAGCACCCAGAAUGACAUGGAAGACUGGGUGAAGACAAUCCGAAGAGUCAUCUGGGCGCCUUUUGGUGGAGGGAUCUUUGGUCAGAAGCUGGAAGAGACCGUGCGGUAUGAACGCCGGUUUGGGAACAAGCUCGCCCCUAUGCUGGUAGAGCAGUGCGUGGAUUUCAUUCGGCAGAGGGGUCUUCAGGAAGAGGGCCUUUUCAGGCUGCCAGGACAGGCCAACCUGGUCAAAGAGCUGCAGGAUGCCUUUGACUGUGGAGAGAAGCCCUCUUUUGAUUGUAACACAGAUGUGCACACAGUAGCUUCUCUGCUGAAACUGUAUCUCAGAGAGCUGCCCGAGCCCGUCAUCCCCUUCCAGAAGUACGAUGAGUUCCUGUCCUGCGCCAAGCUCCUGGGCAAAGAUGAUGAAAUGGGUAUGAAGGAAUUGAGAAGGCUCGUGGAAAGUCUACCUCCAGUGAACUACAACCUCCUAAAAUACAUCUGCAGGUUUCUUGAUGAAGUCCAGUCAUAUUCAGGGGUGAAUAAAAUGAGUGUCCAAAACUUGGCCACAGUCUUUGGGCCAAAUAUCUUGAGGCCAAAAAUUGAGGAUCCAGUAGCAAUUAUGGAAGGUACUGUUCUGGUCCAGCAGCUCAUGGCUGUUUUGAUUGGUCACCACGACGUGCUUUUCCCCCGAGAUGAAGACAGCCCUACUGCCCUUGAGCUCGUCAACAACAAUAUUGAACAGCCACGGCGACAAACCACUACAUCUACCUCAGCCAUCACUACAGUGUCUCAGAAUGCUGAGAACAACAACACACAUGUUGUGCGGCAGUGUGUUUGGGAAGCCAACGAGUCUCCUUCACACCGUCAGCACGCAGACAACAGUGGCUCCCCACGAUCGGCAAGUCCCCGCAAUGGAGUCAUGGGACGCUUCGACGUCACCCGCAGUCCACCGCUGACCGUUAAAAAGAAUCCAGCUUUUAGUAAAGGCAGUGGCAUUGUUACCAAUGGGUCCUUCAGCUCCUCACCCUCUUCAGAUCCCACUGUGGAAAAGAGCCAGAGUGGAGGUGGCAGCUUACCGGUGCGUCGCAGUGGCACACUCAAAGGCUCGGGGACAAAAAUGGGCACCAGCGGCGUCACGAGUGGAAACAGCGCUACAGGGAAUGGGACUGGAGUUGUACGCAUGGGCGUUCAUGGGACUGACGCUGUCACAGGGAGUCCGAACAGCCGCAACAGCCUCUGGCAGCCGAAUGGCUGUGUAAUGUUACGGGAGAACAGCAAAGCUCGUGACUGCCACGGCGGAGAUCAGACAACCAAUCAGAAUCGUCUGUCCACAUACGAUAACGUGCAGCUAAACCAUCACAACCUGCAGCAGCAGAACCAGAUCACCAACACGUGUCUGAACACCAGCUGCGAGGACAAGCAGAGUGUGGACAGUGCCACCUGGUCCACUUCUUCCUGUGAAAUCUCCCUCCCUGACAACUCCACUUCCUGUCGCUCCUCCACAACCACCUGCCCAGAGCAGGACUUCUAUGGAGGGCACUACGAAGACUUGGAUGGACCAGCACAAGACUGCGUGCAUCCCCAGUCUGGCGAAGGAGGAGAGGGCAGAAAUGGCGACAGAGAAGGAAGUGGAGAGGUUGGGAGGAGCAGUCGGGGCACGAGCAGCAGUGAUAACAGCGACGGUUUUCCUGUUGGUAACGGACCCGGCAACCACAGCGCUCUGCACAGUCUAGUGGCCAGUCUUAAGCAGGAAAUGCACAAGCAGAAGGCCGAGUAUGAGGCCAGGAUAAAAAGUUUGGAGCAGCGUAAUUUGGAGCUGGAGACUGAAAUGGUGAACCUGCACGAGGAGCUGGACCAGGAGAGGAAGAAGUACACCAUGGCGGAGAUCAAGCUGCGCAACGCUGAGCGCGCCAAGGAUGACGCCGAGCGGCGAAACCAGAUGCUACAGAAAGAGAUGGAACAGUUUUUCUCCACAUUUAGUGACCUCACCGCAACUGGCAACGCCGCAGCCACCGAUCCCCGCCGACCAGAGCGAAACAACACCAUCUGGAUACAGUGAAGGAAGGCUGAAAAAAGAUGGCAGCCAAGACAGGAACUGGGUUAUUAUAAUGACGUGAACUUUAGAGAGACUCUAAACAAGAUUUGGCUGCUGAUCGAAGGAGGGAAAACACACUGCAAAGGGUAACGGCACGUUUUAAUUUAAGAAAUAGGAGAUAUAGGGCUGAUGUAAGCCGCCUCUAUAAAUGUAAACAUCACCUGGAGUGAUGCCAGAGUGACAUUAUCUGUAUAUAGCCUUAUUUAAACAGACGCUCAUGGACACACUCCAGUCUCCCAGAAGUGGUUGGGGUUUGUUCAGUUGUCUGGCUGGGAAAUGGAGCAAAGGGACAGUACACAACAGCCUAUGAGGACAUAUGGUACUACCAUUUUAUGUUAGCUCCGAGAUAGAAGGGAAGACAAAAUGUUAAAAAAAAAAAAAAAGAACAAUACCAACACCAACCUUGGACCUGAAAAUGCAGAAAAGACCACACCGAACUCCUCCUUUUUAUUCAUUUUUACCAUCUAACCAAAACACACCUUAGUGUUCAAUAUAUUUCUGCAUCUGCUCAUGUCAAAGAUGUCAUAUGUUGUAAAGAGAAGUAAAACUGACACUUCAUUGUUUUUGUGAUAUUUAAGCAAAGCUAUAAAAGUGUGCUAUUUUCUAUCAGUUUUUUUUUUUCUUUUUCUUUUGCACUUAAAUGUUUGUUUAGUCUCUGCAAGUUGGUACUGGAUGUUCUGUCGGUCUAUGUGUCGAUGCGUGUGCCUGUGCUUCUGUGCUGUUAUAUUUACCCAUGACCAAAAGAAAAAGAGCCUGUACUGUAAAUAUUGUAUAGAUAAAUGCAGACGUGACUAGAUUAGAUAGUUUGCAUUGUGGUUUACUGAUAUUCAGAUGGAUAUGGCAUGAAUUGAGUUGAUACUGAAGAAUGAUUUGUAGUUUGUUAGAGUACAGUUCAAGGUGUUGCACAGUGGGUUAUUGGCAUAAAUCUUUUAAGUCUUGAAUUCAGAAUUUCAGAUAAGAAACUGUAUGGCAUGCCGCUUUUAAAGAUACAGUUUGCUGAUUUUCGAGGCCAGCACACGUUUGUGGGUCAUAACUGUGAAAUAAUUGGGAUUUUAAAGCCUCUAAUUUGAUGACAUUAUCAGCCUGGCAGCAAAAUUCAGUAAUAAGUGGUAUGUGCAUGAUGGUUGCAUGAGUCUACGAGGGUCGGCAUACACUAACUGAAUGUUUGUAAAGUGACUGUAUAUGGAUGAAGUGUAUUUAUGUAGCCCGAAACCAAAUGUCUGCACAUGAUGUGGAUUUGCGAAUGAUUACAAAACGGGACACCUCUGAUAGAUCAGACCAGGAAUGGACCUGCGUCAGAGAGGAGUUGGUGCGUACACGUGUGCACGGACCUGCUGCUCGGCUUCUUUUUAAACCUGCUGCUGGUCAUUGCAGGACAUCUGGAAUGUGCAUAUGGAGUCAAAAAGAAGAAGAAAAAAGUGCCUGAACAAGUGAAGGAGGGAGAGGGGAGCCUGCGCUUCUCAUUUCACAGCCUUCACUGGGAAAUAAUGGGCUUAAGCCAAGCUGACAGUGUCACCUCGUUCUGUGAAUUCCACACAAAAGGGCGGAUUAUGGAUGGAGGGCCAGACGGAGUGGACGGGGAUAGUGGAAUGUUUUCAUGACAAUACUUGAUACACAAAGGAACUUUAAAAAUGACUUAAUAUGAAUAAAGAUGGAUUUUAAU